UUUUUCUUUCCGUCUUUUGCAGCUGAAGCGUUCGCUUCCGGUGCCAUCUUUCUCGGUGUUUGUGUCUCCGUGGCUGGGAGUUGAGAGAAAACUCAACAGAAGGAGCCAGCAGGCGCGGAGUCUCCCGGAGGAGACAGCAGGGCGAUGUGACGAGAGAAGAAGCCGAGAGAACGGGAGAGACGAAGUAUGACGGAGAGGACCAGAAAGAAAGGAGAGAAGAAAAAAGUCAUGGAGAAGCAGAGAGUGACUCUCAUCGAGCUCGAAUUUCUCUUGAGUCCAGAGGCCUGUCGAAGGAAAGUGGAUCUUCUCUCUGCUGCCUCGGUCGCGUCGAGUUCGACAGACGCGCUUGUUGAGAGAUCUCUCUGAAAGAGUCUCCGUUGUGAGGAAGCCAACAGCGCGUCUCAGCCUUCGCGGCGAAACCUGUUCCCUCUGGAAGAGAUGGCGGCAGUUGAUCAGGAAUUAGAAGAAAUGGAGAGCAAGGUGAAUCAACUUCCAAUGCAGGCGGUGGACAGAGCGGAAGAAGCGAACGAGAAGGAGACGGACGACAACGAGGAAAACCAAGACGAGAAGAAGCAGAACAAGAAGAAGAAAAAGGGUGGAGCAGUCCAAACAUGGCAUACGUCGUCGCGGUUUCUCUAUAUUCUCUUCUUUGUGCAACCUCUCUCGCCUUCGUCCCCAUCUCCUGGCUCUUCCUCCUCUUCUUCCUCUUCUUCAUCUUCUUCCUCUUCUUCAUCUUCUUCCUCUUCUUCAUCUUCUUCCUCUUCUUCCUCUUCUUCCUUUUCUUCCGGCUCCGGAGACUAUACACCCCAGGCGGUGGCGGCGCGGCUGCAGCAGGCGCUAGUGUGUCUCGUGGGGACUCUGGGCUCGGAGUUGAUUCUCGCCAAGCUCCGUCACUACAAGGACAACUUCGGAGUCCUCCAAACGGAUGUGGAGGGUGCGCCCUCUCUUUUGCUGGCUCUCCACCAAAUCGACAGAAUCGACGACUCCCCCUGCCGCUGCAUUUUCCUCCGGGCCUCCAGCGUUCUGGGAGCUCUCGCAGUUCCCCGUCGCCCUGCAGCGUCUCUCGUGUUGCUCUGAGCGCGUCAGAGAAAAACGAGGAAGUCAAGUGAAAAAAAUGACUCCGAGCAGCGCGUACGCACUCCGCCUUUGCUCUUCCUAAGCUGAAAACAUCACUUGAAGAUCCGCAUAAAAGAAACCAGUCCCGGCGCUCUCUCCUGUGCCCACCCCCGCCUCCCUUGUGCGGGACAUCUCUUGACCUAUAUCUGCGAAACAACGCAAACCUGUAACUUAGUGAACGCACUCAUAAAAUCAGCGUCUUCGAACCAAUCUCCGGGCAUCGCUCACAACACAUAUAAACGCCUACAUAUAUGUUUGCAUAUAUAAAUAUAUAUAUUCAUACAUAUAUAUAUAUAUAUGUUUGUAUAUAUAUGUUUUUACGUAAACGUACAUAUAUAUUUAUAUGUGUGUAUGUGUGAACGCAUAAGUGUGUAGAUGACGGCACUACUUGGUGCUGUGGAUAAAUGCAGGAAGGUCGUUGUGUUGAGUUUGAUUGUUGUUGCGUCACUUUGUCUUUUUCCUCGUUUCUCUUCUCCCCUGGAUUCCCAAGUGCUGCCGCGUGACUGGUUCGCUAUAGAGGAUUUUUCUUCUUUCUGGCGCCUGGCGACGUCGUUUUCGUUCAACGUUUCUGUUUUCCUCUUCGGAGCGUUCUCUCCCAGGCCAGCGCACACACAAUUAGCCCAGUGCAGAUCCAUCUGCGUAUGUUCAAAUAGGCGUUCGGAUUGAUUCCUGUUCCUGCUGCUAGACGUGGAUCGAUUGGAGGUGGUGGGUCCUGGUGGAUGUUGUGCAUGCGUCUGUGUACGCGGAGUUGCGCGCGCAUGUUUCUGUCUUUGUUUUUCUUUUUAACUCCGGAAUUGAUCAUUUCUCUGAGAAAAAGCCCUCAUGUUUCUCCGUUUUCGUCGUAAAACCGAACUGUGACGCUCUCCAGAAUUACAGACCGUGUCGCUCUCU